AUGGAAGGAGCACAAGCAGAAGCGGGACAGCGUGACGAUGUCGUGUCAGCGAGUUUUCGGAACGACGUGCUGCAGGCGGAAGGCAAUUUGAGCGCACUGUGGCACUGUAUACGGGCUUAUAAGCAGUCAACGACUGCGUGGUGGGACGCGACAGCUGCUGUGCUGAAUGAGUACAAGCGCGUGGCUGAGACGCCGCUUUUUUGUGCCACUGCACGGACGAAGAAGACGGAAGUGAUGAGGGAGAUGGAGCUUCUUAAUAGCCGUGACCAUAACCAUGAGCAGGAUCAAGAACAGGAGGAUAACAGUGAGACACAUGCUGCUCGACUAGUCAGAGCGCUGGUUCAGGUGCUGGCGUCGGUUCAGCCCGAGUUUGAUCAAAUGUGUGAAGAUGCAGUGCUGAAGCCGUUGAGUGCACUGUGUCACGACGUGCUGCCGGAGGUGAAGCACACGUACUGGACGAGACAUAGUAGCUGGAGUCAUGAAGGUUUAGCGAGGGAGACACAGGUUCGACGGCUUGAACAGGAGCGCGAGACGUUGUCUACGAAGUUACGGGAGGAUGUAGAGACAAGUAUGAAGGCGUUUGUGAAGCUUCAGGAAAAAGUGCUGGCGGCUAUUCAAGGCUUGAAAAAAGAACAACACGUAUCUCGACAUCAAAGCCAGUUGCAGCCAGAAUGUGCAGCGAGAAAGAGGGAUUUAGGACACAAAAGCUCAGGUGAUUUUGGUUCUUUACAGGCGUCUUCGACGGAGUUACAUGGUGUAGAUGAAAGUGUUGCGGCUUCGAGCAGUGAGAUUAAUUAUGAGGAAAUUGUGCAGGUACAGGUAUCGAUAGAUGCGGCCGCCCGAGCUGAUGAUUUAUUGGAUACAGGGGAGAAUUCAGUAGCUUCAAGUGUUGAAGUUGAUGGAGCUGGUAUGAGUGUGGAUGCAAGCAAGCGUAGAGAAAGCAUGGAAGGUGAAGGCUGCAGUGACAUUGACGACGUUGAAUUAGCUGGAGAUGAAGCGGAAGUAGAGAGGGCGGAUAAAAGUACAGUGGAUCAGGAUGUUGAGGAGGGGGCAAGUUCUCACAUGUGGGUGUGGGGGCGGCCACCCAGUCUAGAAAGCGGGACCCCGGUUGUGCUUCGUCCGAAGAAAGUAUCUUUGCUUAACGGACAAUCGAUUGUGCAAGUGGCUUGUGGCGGCGAGCAUCUGCUUUAUCUGACAUCAACAGGAGACGUAUACAGCUACGGUGACAAUGAAGAUAAAAAAGCUGCAGCUGUUACUAUGGCAAUCAAGAACAAUCCGAAUGACAGCGAACCAGCUCGCAGCAGCGUAACUGUGUCGUUCCUUGCACCCCGUCUCGUCGAAGAGCUUGCGCUAGAAAAAGCUCUUCAUCGCACGACAAUUGCAACGAUCGCAUGCGGUGCUCAGCAUUCGUUGGCCAUUACCGACGCUGGAGAAUUGUAUACAUGGGGUAGUGGUGAAGAUGGGCGCCUUGGACAUGGUGACAUGCGAGACCGCGCUGUGCCACGCAAAGUGAUGAGCUUGCUGCGGGAGAGCGUGGUGAAUGCUAGUUGUGGUGGGGCGCACACGGCUGUGCUUACUACGAAAGGUACUGUGUUCACGUUUGGUCGAGGGCGAAACGGUCGUUUGGGUCUGGGUGAUUAUAGGUGGCGAGACACACCUCAUCCGAUACAGGAAUUUCCGAAAGGAACGCGUGUCGCGCAUGUUGUAUGCGGCUGGAACUUUACAGCAGCGCUGGAUUGUGAAGGUAAGCUCUUCACGUGGGGCAAGACUGGUGAGGGGCAAUGUGGAUUGGGAUAUGUGGACAAGGACCAGGUGGUUCCGCGUUGCGUCGAGAAGUUGCGGGAGGUAGCGGGUGGCUCAGUAGUUGUCGACGUUGCGUGUGGAUAUACACACACCGUUGUGAUGACAGCCGUGGGUGAAUUGUUUUCGUGGGGAUUAGGCGAAUAUGGGCAGCUUGGUACAGGAGAUGUGUAUCAACCGCUACCCGCACGCGUACAGUUACCUGAAGACGUUUUGUGCUCUCCUGAUCAAUUAGCACGAGUGUAUUGCGGCGCUUUCCACUCCAUUGCAACAACAGAGAAUCACGUCAUGUACGCAUGGGGGCUAAACUCGUACGGUGCUUGCGGUCUCGGGCACACUGCGAACAAGGACAGACCCGAACGCGUUGACUGUUUUUCUACUGAAACUGAGCUCAUUGUGGCCUGUGGACACAAGUAUACUAUCGCUCUUGAGGUGCAUUGUGCUCUGAAUGGACACGGUUCUUCUUCAAUCCAAGCAAGUACUCAGUCAGGAGCAGCAGUAGCAACAGCGGCAUAUAGACUGGACAUACCAAGGACACAAAGACAGAUUUCGGAGGGCAGUGAAGCAGGUGAAGAUGAAUUAUAUCGUGGUCGAGUUUUGUCGGACAAACCGAACUCCUCGAAUCGUGCAACAAGGCAUCGACGAGGUUCCUCGUUCAGUACGGCAAUGGAGCUCGACGAUGUCCCGCGUGAGGCUUUCCAUGUUAAGGAGGAGGAGCUGCGGCGAGCUAAGAAGCUUUGGCGCACCCGCAUCUUGCGCGAUUGGGAGGAAAAUAAGGACACGCCGCUAGCACAUUCGUUGUGGCGCCAGGGUAUCCCGCCCUCGAUUCGAGCUCGCGUGUGGCCCAUGGCUAUUGGCAAUAAGCUGAAGGUGACCCCUGAGAUGUUCAAGAUUUACCGUCGACGAGCAAUUGCUUACAAGAAGGAUCGAGUUGCACAGGAAGACAAUGGUACUGUGGAUGGCGGCCGUGAACAUACUUUGGCACUAAUUGACACGGAUCUUCCGCGUACGUUCCCGUCACUGAAGUUAUUCGACUCGAGUGGUCCAUACUACGCCUUUUUGCUGGAGGUCCUUGAGACAUAUGCGUGUUACCGACCUGACUUGGGAUACAUCCAAGGCAUGUCGUACUUGGCCGCUAUGCUUUGUCUGCACAUGCCCCAAGACCGCUACCUGGCCUUCCAGUGUUUGGCAAAUCUAAUGGUGAACGAGCAUCUCUUUACCUUCUACUUGCUGGACGCCGAUCUCGCAAACGUGUACUACACUCUGUUCGACGCGUUUCUGAACUCGCGACACCCUCAUCUUCACGCUCAUUUACGGGAGAUUGGUAUCAUGUCUUGCUCCAUGUAUCUCAUGAACUGGCUCCAGACACUCUUUUUGCAGGUGCUGCCACUCGAGUCAGCAACUCGUGUGUUUGACAACUUUUUGCUGGACGGGACGGUGUUCCUCUUCCGUACUGCCAUGGCGAUUCACGAAUUAUUGGGUCCACGGCUGAUAGUUGCAGACAUUGACGUUGCGCUCCCUUUGUUGCAGCGCAAUGUGAUUUACCAGGAAGAGUGGAGUAUGUUGGUGUCGGAGCAAGCUCUUUUCGAUACCGUGGCGACUAUUGCUGUACCCAGUCACAUCUACUCUGCGCUCGACCGCGUGGUGAACGACGUCUUUUUCUACGAAAAGCGUGGGGAGCUUGAUAGUGCUGGAGGGAAAAAGAUGAUGGCAUUUGCUAGUGGAGGUCAGAGCGUCGGGAUUGGACACGUGAAGCACGAGCGGCGUCGCAUGUACGCCAUUAGUGAUGCACUGAACGGCGUUCUGGGUGGAUUUUGA